AUGACCGUAGCUCUGAAAAUGUUUGGAAAACCAAAAGUGGAGCGCGCGCGGCCAGCUCCGCGCGUCCGUACGCGAGUCACGUGCUCCGAGGUGACGUCACGCGGAGGCACGAGGGGUCCGGAGAGCGGCGAAGUCGUCCACUCGAGCGCGCGUCCCGUCGCGCGACGCGUGCACCUCCUCCUCUUCCUCCUCUUCCUCCCGGUGAUCGGCGGUCCGGGUUCGCGCGCUAACGAUCCGAGCGAGCGCGGGGUCCCGGCUCCCCGCACGCCGCCAUCGAGCUUUGCGGUGGGAGGGAGAGAGCGGGGGCGGGGGUGCCGCCCGGCGGGCCGCUGCGCGAGGCCGCUCGCCGCCGCCCUCCUUCCGGCGCGCUCCAUGGACGCGCUCCGCGCCUCCGUCGGGGGCCAGCGGCCGCCGCCGCAGGGGCCGCACGGGGCCUCCUCGUCGCACGCCAAGUCCCUGGCCUUCUCCAUCGAGCGGAUCAUGGCCCGGACGCCCGAACCCAAGGCCGUCCCGCCGCCGCCGCCGCCGCCGCCGCCGCCGCUGCACUGCGUGAUCCCGCUCCUUCCGCUCGGGUACGCGGCCGCCGCCGCCGCCGCCGCCGCCGCCGCCGCCGCCGCCGACCAGCGCCGGCUCGCCCUGGACUCUGCGGACGGCCCGCUCGGUUUCGGACUCAACUACCAGCCGGACGGCGGCCGCUACAAACUGUUCCGCCCCCGCGUGGUCACCCAGUCGUCGUUCCCGUCCCGAGGGACCGUGUGUUACCUGGACUGCGGCGCCGGUCCCGGGGAAGCUUCCGCUCCGGCGGGACGUCUUGACCUGCACCCGAUGGCGUCCUACCUGCUGGCGGGCGGCGGGCACCGGGCGGCCCCGCACGACCACCUCCGCAACCUCCUCAAGGAGCGCGACUUGUUCGGAGACAAGAGUCCCAAGAACUCGGCCGAGGCGGCGGCGGCGGCGGCGGGGAGGCUCGCGGGCGGCAAAGCCAAAGUGUUCACCUGCGAAGUCUGCGGGAAAGUGUUCAACGCGCACUACAACCUGACUCGUCACAUGCCCGUGCACACGGGCGCGCGGCCGUUUGUCUGCAAAGUUUGCGGCAAAGGCUUCAGGCAGGCCAGCACACUCUGCAGACACAAGAUCAUCCACACUCAGGAAAAGCCUCACAAGUGCGCGCAGUGCGGCAAGGCGUUCAACCGCAGCUCGACGCUCAACACGCACACGCGCAUCCACGCCGGCUACAAACCUUUCGUGUGCGAGUUCUGCGGCAAAGGAUUCCACCAGAAAGGCAACUACAAGAACCACAAGCUGACGCACAGCGGCGAGAAGCAGUUCAAGUGUUCCAUCUGCAGCAAAGCCUUCCACCAAGUGUACAACCUCACCUUCCACAUGCACACGCACAACGACAAGAAGCCCUUCACCUGCCCCACCUGCGGCAAGGGAUUCUGCCGGAACUUUGACCUCAAGAAGCACGUCAGGAAGCUGCACGACCACGCCGCCGCCGCCGCCGCCCAGCGGACCGUCACGCCGCCGUCCGUCGGCACGCAGCAGCCGUGAGCGCGAGAUCCAAAACAACAAAAGCGACUCGUUGUUUUGCCAUUUCACGCAAACAAAUGACAAAAUGGAAUAUGGAAAAUGAUAUUUUUCCAUUUCAGGCUCCGAUCGAAAAAAAGUGGCAAAGCAGGACUGAGGCUUGUGUUUGGAAUUUUCAAUUGUGACCAACGAUCUUACGAGACAAUCAAAUAUCCCACGAUGCGUUGCGCCGUUACAGAAAAACGAUUUUCCGUUUCCGGCGUAUUGUUUAGAUUUUCGAUAGGAGACAAAUUUAUAAGUAGUGGUGUGAAAAUAGCUUGAAUACGAUGAUGAUCUGAUCUGAGAAGUGUUCCAAAACCAUUUUUUUUUCAUUUCACAUUUUCAUGUCCAAAAAUCGCGAUGGAGCGAUCAGCGAGUUUUCAUUUCAUCGUUUCGGCCCUUGAGUCAAAUAUACAGUUCACUCGAUGAAAAUCCCGAUAUAAAGACGAGUUAGUAGGUUUUACAUUUCUUUUGUUCAGACUAUUUUAUUUUUAUUUUUUUUAUAUAAAUAAAUACACCACUAUAUUUUUUAAAAAAUCCUUAUUUCGUGAUAAGGGAGUAUUCGAUGAAUCGUUUUAGCCCAAGAGUCAACUACACAGUCCACUACGGUAUGUAUAAAAACCUGUAUCACUAUUUAGAGAUUUGUCGUGGACAUUUUAGGCACUAUCUCGGUCCACAAUAUAAAUAUCCCUCAUUGCACAAUUGUUGCAAGAAGAAUGAAAAUAACGAUAAAUAUCGUUGAAGCGACUUGCCCCAAGUCAAAGUGUCUUUAACGAUGAAAUGCAAAUGUAUGAAAACGUGAAAUACAACUCAACUAUUCUUGAGCAGGGAUUCUUUUGCGUACCGCUAGAGGGAGCCCGCCUACCACACUUUUGACAAUCACCUCCCAAGAAAAAAACAAAAAAAAGUCACUUUAUUUGGUUUCGUUUUUAGUGUUUGAUUCCCAAUUGAAAAUUGAAACAACAAAAUGGCGUACGGGUUGACCACGCCCACUUGCUGGCGCCCAGUAUUUAAUAGCUUCACCUCGCUUUGCGAUCCAAACUUUCGUCGUCAGGAGACGUCCUUGGACUUGACAGGCGUUCGAUUGACAGACUCACUGUUUCCUCUUGUGGACAAAAACAAUAUGACAUGAAAACGUGCACGUGCCUCUCUGCCUAUGCAUGACUUCCUUUUCAGAGGCCUCAUGUCCACCUAAAGUUCCAGAAAACCUUUGGUUUUUGUUUUCUGGCACCUAAACGGUUCCAAUCAGCCCCGCCACGACGGUUGUGGGAUCUAUGAAAAGUACCACUACCCCCAGCAGGGUCAUCUUUUGCAGCUAAAUUUAGAUCUAAACCCACGAUGGCCUGACAAAAGUAUUUGGUUCUGGACCUUACCGGGUGGUCUUGAUGCUUAUAGUUCCAGGAAAUUUUUAACCGUUGGUAUAUGUUGUUCCUGGAACAAAAAGCUUCCAAUCAAAUCUGUUUAGGCUCCUGGACCUCUCAGAAGUACUACACCCCUCAACAGGGUCUUAGUUUCGUCCUCAAAAAGGACCUCAGAACUACAUUUUGAUCCAAACAUAACAGGCACUUUUGCACAAAAAGAGAAGGAAAUGUUACCGCAGUUCCUGGUAGCGAAAGUUCCUCAAAUUUUCUGGGGCCUUCUAGAAGGAGCAGGAGGAAUUAGAUCAGAACUUCGGGGAACCUUUUUACUCAGGUAGUCAAUAGGAAAGCUCCUGAAAAAAAGUUCACCGAUUGACUGAAUUGACAUACGUCCAGGAGUUCCAGGAAUUUUGUACUUCCAGCUUCGCUAUCAGUUCUCGGCACUUGUAGUUCCUGUAACUAAAAGGUUCCCCUUAGCAGGGUCUUCUUUUCAGCCUCCAUGAAAUACCCGCUAACUAAAUUUCAGUCCAAAGGUUCCUCGAGCCAUCUCAUUUCUUAACGACUUUAGUGCUUUGUACUUGUAGUUCCUAGAACUAAAAGGUUCCAAUCAAGAUACGCUCAGAGAUGCAGACGCUAUUCCAAAGGUUCAUGAAUGUCUCAAAGUGCCCCACCUAGCAGGGUCUUCUUUUUACCCCCAAAAAUAACCCCAGAACUCAACUUUGGCUAUAGUCCAGAUGCAAAAUGGUUUUUGAAAGGUUCCUAGUUCUGUCUCUUCCCUUGACAGACACCUACAAUUCCAGGAACUUUCAGAUCUUUCUACUUGUUGUUCCAAAAGGAUCUGUUCAGAGCGACAGAACAAAUGUCGCUGGUCCUCCCAAACGUACUAUGCCCUGAAGCAAUAUCUUCUUUUUGGCCCCUAUAAACUACCCCAGAAGUUCCAGGGUAAAGUCCCUGCAGUGGAAAUGUGCAAAAAGACACAGGUGACAAUCAGCGCACUUGUAAAAGAUCUUUAAAAAAAAUUCAAACAGUUGGGCCUCUUUCUUGAUCGACUGAUGUCUGAAGUUCCAGGAACCGUUCGGUCUUGGUUUUGGUUCUUACUUCCUUAGUUGCUAAACGGUUCCUGUCAAAAAAGUUCACAGCUGCAGAACCAGCCCCAAUGGUUCCUAGAUCUAUCAAAACUACUACUCCUCAAGCACGCUCUUCUUUUGGCCCUCAUAAACUACCCCAGAAGUUUCAGGGUAAAAUCCCUGCAGUGGAAAUGCGCUAAAAGAGAAAAUGGCGUCUCUUUCCUGGUGGUCUUGAUUGACGGACAGACGCCGCUCAACGUGGAUGAAGUUCUCUCCUUCUCACUACACUAGAGCUCCUCGUGGACAAAAAGUGGUAUUACACAAAAGAACACGUACAAGACUUCCAGUUCCUAAUCUGUAUUUCCACCUUAGUUCUUGGUACUUGAAUCCACUGCUGAAAAUAGCCCCUCCCUCCUUUUACCACGCGAGUGUCUGCACUGUUUGAUUCUGUUUUGUUUCAAUUGUUAAAUUAAAUAAAUGUCA